CUCUGUUGGUGUCCUCAGUUCCUGGUUGGACGAGAAAAUGGCAGUCAAAAUUAUGGCAGAAAAUUCACUUCCUGGGAUGCAAGUAUUAGCUAGAGAGGCCGGCACUCCUUCCCCUCGAAGGCUCGAGGGAAAGGUUGCAAUCGUAACAGGGGGAGCUCGAGGGAUCGGGGAAGCAAUAGCUCGGCUCUUUGCAAGGCACGGUGCGAAGGUCCUCAUUGCCGACGUAGACGACGCAGCUGGCGAUGCGCUCGCCCACGCCCUCACGAUCACAUCUCAAACGAUCGUCACCUUCCUCCACUGCGACGUCUGCCAGGAGUCAGACGUCAGCCGCGCGGUGGACUACGCCGUUUCCCGGCACGGACGCUUGGACAUACUCGUCAACAAUGCCGGGGUGCUGGGGAAUCAAUCCAAGAAGAGCAUCAUGGACUUCGAUGCCGACGAGUUCGAUCGGGUCAUGCGCAUAAACGUGCGGGGAGUGGCGCUCGGAAUGAAGCACGCCGCUCGGGUGAUGGUUCCCCGAGGCACCGGCUGCAUCAUCUCCAUGGCCAGUGUGGCUGGUGUCAUGGGUGGCCUUGGUCCGCACACCUACACUGCGUCCAAGCACGCCAUUGUUGGCCUCACCAAGAACGCUGCGUGUGAGCUGGGGAAGUAUGGCAUAAGGGUGAACUGCAUUUCUCCGUUUGGGGUGGCCACAUCGAUGCUGAUCAAUGCGUGGAGAGGUGAUGGUGACGAAGAGGAUGACUACAUGGAAGCUAGCAGGAUGCCAAAGGAGGAAGAAGUGGAGAAGAUGGAGGAAUUUGUUGCAAGCUUGGCCAACUUGAAGGGCACCAACUUGAAGGCCAAGGAUAUUGCAGAGGCAGCUCUUUACCUUGCCGGUGACGAAUCCAAGUAUGUCAGCGGUCAUAACCUUGUUGUCGAUGGUGGUGUAACUACUAUAAGAAACUGCGUAGGCCUGUAA